GGCGCCUACAUCUGCGCCGUCUUCCUGCCCCACGGCCAGGCCCAGCAGCAGCUGUGGGUCCGCGUCCUCGCGUCCCCCAAGGUGACGCUGCGCCCCACACCCCUGGUGGUGGCCGUGGGGACGGAGGCUGAGCUGCUCUGCGACACCUCGGGCUACUUCCCCCUGGACGUGGGGGUGCGGUGGCACCGUUGGGGACAUUCGGGGACGCCACUGCCCCUCGAGGACGCGGUGGCCAUGAGCUGGACCUCGGGCCACCGCCGAGGACCCGACGGCACCUUCGGGCGCAGCAGCGGCGUCCGCUUGGUCCCCGCGCGUCCCCAGCACCACGGGGACGUCUACACCUGCGAGGUGACGCACGCGGCGCUGGCCGUCCCCAUCCGCGCCCGUGUCACCCUGGAGGUGGUCGGCACGGUGACCCCGGGCCUGGAGGACGCAGUGGGGCUGUGCCUGGUGGCCUUCGUCCUCUGCGGGCUCUGGCGCUGGCUCUGCCCCACACCCCCACAACCCGACCAGGACCCCAAG